UGUAAACAAAAUUUAAGUUUUACACAUAAAAUUAAAUAAACUUUAAAUAAAAUUUAAAAUAUUUUAAAACUAGAUUUAAACAACAACAAUAUACCAAAAAAACUUAACAAAAAAAACUUUUAAAUAAUUAUAUGAAAACAUAACUAUUACACAAAUUUAAAUAUUACAACAACACUAAUAGUCAUGUAAGUUUGAUCUGGACCUUACAAAAUUUUAAAAUAUUGUCUAAUUUUCUUUUGUGUAACUGAAGAUGGUUGUUGUUGUUAUUGAUGUCUUUUUCGUGCAAUGAUUUCUUUUUCAUAUCGAGUAUAUUCACGAGUACUAAUAUCAUCGAUAAAAAUUAGUCUUUUAGCAAUAUGUUAUGUUUUUUUUUACUGAUCUAAUGUAUUUACAAAUAUUAAUAUCAUCCGAUUUCAAAAAAGUUUAGCUCGUAAUCUACAAAGUAGAAAUGAGGAGAACCAAAUUUACUUUGAAAUGCACUUAGUAGAUCAAAUAUGCAUUAUUAAAAUUAUUUUAUGGAAUAAUAUGGUAUUUUGCUUGAAGUUUAAUAUUAAUUAAGUUAUUUUUGUUUAAAAUUUUCUCUUUUAGUAUAAUAUUUUAUUAAUAUUUUGUAAUAUGUUUAUAUAUGUGCUAGUUAUUUACAAAAGUUUUAUGAAUUCAAAUUAGUUAUGAUAAAUAUAAGAACCAUAUUAUAAAAUAUAAAUAGGUUUGAAGUUGAGUUUGAAGUUUCGUUUUUGGAGAAGAAUACUUUUAAACUUUAAAUAUAGAGUUUUGAAAACUUUAAAAUAGAGUUUUGGGAAAUCGGAGAUACUAUGAUGUUCAGCCGAUUUUAAAUAAGACAUGUGAUACAUACGCAUCAAUAUACUUUGCUUCUUCUCUACUGUAUGGUCCCGUUAUUAUCAAUAAUAUUUCAAAGAAAGAGACUUUUGUCCAACAACUAAACAUAUGGUUGAAAAGUGUUUAAUUUUCUUUUUUUGAAAAAUGCGAUCUGUAUUAUUUUUUUGACUAAAAUUUCAAAAUGCGAUCUGUAUUGAUCGAUCAGUAAAAGAGGUUAAUAAUAUUUUACUAAGUGGAUGUGCUUUCAAUAUGAUUACAUGAGGUAUUCUGAAUGAUUAUGUUUAUUCACUAUGUCAAAUAAUGUUUACUUUUCAAGUGCAUGUGCUCCAGUUUUACGUUGUCAGGUUCUGAAAACACGAUUUUCCAGCUUUUUAUAUUUGGUAUAUACUAUGAAUGGGCUUAUAAAUAUAAAUACAAUGAGAAGUUGAAAACGGGACGAUCACUAUGAGUUAGCUUUUUUGUUUAUUGUUGACAAUGUGGAGUUCCAACCUAAGAGAUUUAUACAAUCUCGUUCUUCUGAACUCACGGUGUAUGAGAACAUGAAUUUUGUUUCAUUUGUAACUAUAUUGAAAUAGAACACUUGUAAAUUGGUUAUAUAUAGUAGACAAUAUAUUGGCAUAUCAUUUCGUGUAAAUACAUCUAUGUAUUGCUACAAAAAUGAGGCAAAAAACUAUAUUAUAUUAAGUCUGUUCAUUCAAGUGUCAUUUUACUAUAUAUACGAAGAUUGUAUCCUAAGAUUAAUGUAACAGAGGAAAGACUUCAGUAGGAGACCACAACUAAACACGUGAUGAUAAAGUGUUAUCUUUUGGUCUCUCCCAUAUAGCUCUUAAGUAAUUAACAAAUGAGUUGCAAACCAUCGCACGGCGCCGACAUUCGUUCUCCAUCUCCCUAACUUCAAAAGUCAUAAUAACAAAAAAAAGAUGAAAUAUUGUCGGCAUCUAUCCACAACUCUACAAAAACGUGUCUUAUUAUGUUUUUUUCAUUCAAUUAGCUCAACAUGCAAAGUAUAUUAGGUCGAACUAGAAAUUCAAUAAAAAUAAAAUAAAAUGUGAAUAAAAAAAUACGGUCUCGUUAAUUGUUUCCGGUUUCAUUUCGGUUUACUUUUCCUGUAUUUAUACCCCUACUCGUCCUCGCUUCCUUCCACCAUCUAAAACUUGCCUUCUUUCCUUUACAUCUAUCUUCUUGAGUGUCUUCUAAUACAACACAAUUCACAAAAUAAAAUAAAAAUGGUUGCAAGCUGGCCUGAGCCGAUUGUUUCCGUUCAAGCCUUGUCCCAAGCCGGCAUAUCCACCGUCCCAAGCCGGUAUGUGAAACCCGCUCAUCAGAGACCGGUGGUCUACAAUUCCGACCAAUCCGGUCUUGACAUGGAAGUCCCCGUGCUAGACAUGAGCGACAUAUGGAGGAAACCGGAAGGGCUUAGGCGCGUGAGGAAUGCGUGUGAGGAGUGGGGUUUCUUCCAAGUGGUGAACCAUGGUGUAGACCACAUGCUGAUGGAGAGUGUCAGGGGAGCGUGGCGAGAGUUCUUUGAUUUACCUGUAGAGGUGAAACGAAAGUACGCAAACUCACCAGACACAUAUGAAGGCUAUGGAAGCAGGAUCGGGGUUGUGAAAGAUGCUAAAUUAGAUUGGAGUGAUUAUUUCUUCCUCAAUUACUUGCCUUCUUCCAUUCGAAACCCUUCCAAGUGGCCAUCUCAGCCUCCUAAGAUAAGAGAAUUGAUCGAAGAGUACGGAGAAGAAGUGAGAAAACUGUGUGAGAGGCUAGUGGAGACAUUGUCAGAGAGUUUAGGUUUAGAACCAAACCAUCUCAUGAAGGCAUUUGGAGGAGAAGACAAAGUUGGAGCUAAUCUGAGAGCAAACUUUUACCCAAAAUGCCCUCAGCCACACCUAACUUUAGGUCUCUCUUCUCAUUCUGACCCGGGUGGCAUCACCAUUGUCCUCCCCGACGAGAAGGUCGCUGGCCUCCAGGUCCGUCGUGGUGACUGCUGGGUCACCAUUAAAUCCGUGCCCAAUGCUUUGAUCGUUAACAUUGGAGAUCAAGUUCAGAUACUUAGCAAUGGAAUUUACAAAAGCGUGGAGCAUCAGGUGGUCGUUAAUUCAGGUAUGGAUCGAGUCUCCUUGGCACUCUUCUACAACCCGAGAAGUGAUAUCCCGAUCGGACCGGUUAAAGAACUACUAACCGAAGACCAACCUGCUCUUUAUAAACCGAUCAGGUUCGACGAGUACCGUCUUCUGAUUAGGCAAAAGGGUCCUAGUGGGAAAAAUCAAGUUGAUUCACUGUUGGCAAGUACAUGAUAAUUGAUAUAUAUCCCGAGAAAAGUCAGUUACUCCUACGUACUUAAAUAGUCGUUGCUAAAUAAUAUGUAACCGUAAACGUACACUAUGUAAGAAAUAAAUUCAUAAAUGGUAAAAUCAGAUCUUCAUGUUUACCUUUAAUAGUUUAUUUAGCCUAUUGCCUAUUGUGUUGCUAAAAGAGUACGGAAAGAAUUGUUGCUCUCUUCUGAGGCCCGAUAUGAAUAUUCAUAUUUGCUUCAUUGAUCUUUCACUAGCUUAAGAUUUAGUUUACAUUCAAGUCAAAACAUUUAAAAACGAUGCAUAGUUGAUCGUACAGAAGGUUUUCAAUAAACUUUACUGCAAAGCCAUGAAUUCUAUAUAAGGUUUAAAUAGUUGAAAUAACAAAAUGAAAAGUAAACAAAGAUUCGAAUGUUUAGAUAAAAAUAUCAGUAACCUGAGUCCUGGCUACAUCUAUGAAAGUUGAAGUGUUAUCCGAGUGUUUGAGUUGUUAUAUGUUGAUAAAAAGUGAAGCAUUAGCUUUUGAUCUCUUUCAUAAUAAGCUCUUUAUUAAUAGAUGAGUUGCAAGCCGCCGUACGGCGCCGAAAUUCGUUCCCAUUUCCCUCACUUCUAAAGUAGCGUAAAUAAAAAUGUUGUCAUCUAUCCACAAUUCUUAAAACGUGUCUUAUUAUGUUUGUCAAUUGUUAUCUAACUAGCUCAACAUGAAAGUUUAUUAGGUCAACUUCAACAUGAUGAAAAGCUUAUCAUCCAAGUAGAGUGCAAAUGAAAAAUUUACUAUGUCAACCUCAAAGUCAACAAAGAAAAAGUGGAAUAAAAGAAGAGUUAUCAAAAAAGAAGAGUUAUCAUCCUUUACUGUCGGCCUUUUUUAUUUAUGAAAAUGAAAAGCCCAUAAAAGGGCUCUACAGAUGAUAGAAACAUGAAGCCUAAUCUUGUACCAUUUACAUAUUUUUGGAAAAUUACCCACCUUAGGUUUUCGUUAUAAUUAAUGUUAAUAAGAACUAGGUAAGGAGCCCGUGCGAUAUCGCACGGGAGCUCCAUUUUAUAAAAACAAAUAAAUCACAUUUUAUAAAUAAAAUUUUUUUGUAAAACUUUUUUACAAUUGCUAGCGAACAUCAUAAGAAAAUAAGACGAUUUCCGACCGAGUUACUUCGGAAAUAAAUCCAUCAGAAAUUCUUAAGGAAUUUCCCACAAAAACCCGUGGAAAAUAAAAAUCGCACAAAUCUUUGGAAAACCAUCAGGAAAUGUGUGUGUAGUUUUUGAUCCAAAUUAGAUGUAUAUGUGGCUACACAAAUAUAUGUGAUGGUUUAUAAAUAUAUAAUAUUGUAAAAUAACUAAAUUAUCCAAGAAAUAAAUGACAUGAUAUUUGUACUCAAUCUUAAUAUUCUUUAAAAUGUAAAAUAGAUAUAAAAAUGAAUUCAACUAUAACUCAUUAAAAACUUAUGCAAAUUUAAGAUAAAAACUAACAAGAUGAAAAGCUACAUACAUAUACAUUUUGACAAUUUAUUUUAUUUCAUUAUAACUUUUAAGAUGAAAAAAACACAAUCUUAAAGUAAAAGUUACAGUUUACAUAUUUUGACAAUUUCUUUUAAAUUAAUGCAAUUUUAAUGAUGAAAAACACAUUGUUAGAUAAAAAAAAAUAUAUUACUAUAUAUUGACAACUUCUUUUAAACCAAUAUAAAAAAAAAUACAAUGUUAAAAUGAAAAGUUGUUAAAAAAUGAAAAGUUGCAUCAUCAGACAUUAAUUGAGAUUCAUGUUAUUAGAAAGAUACUUAUUGAGAUAUUAUAAGUAGACAAAUUCCAUAGGAUAGACCUAAAAAAUUUUGUGUCACAAAUAUAGACUUUAAAAAUAAAAAUGACCAAAAUAGACUUAAAUGUUUUAUCAAAAGAAGUACAUAUACACUUAUACUCUAGGGUUAAUUAAUCUAAACAUUAAGGUUUGGAGUAAAGGGGUGGGGUUUAGGGUUUAGAAUUUAGGGUUUAGAGUUUAGAGUUGAGAAGUAGAGUUUUGGGGAUAGGAUUUCAAAUUU